CCACCAACUAGUAAAUCUGCAGCUAUAGCAUCAAAAGGAACAAUUUUGAAUUCCAAGAUGAUAACUAUUACAACAACGACAACAACUCGGAACCCACCAGUGACAACCUUGAGUUCAAUACGCAAAGACACAAACAUGACAGAUAUGAAUGAGGAACCUCAACAUCCAACCUGGCUUUCCUUUGCAGAGUAUGGCAUAAUUGGUUGUGUUUCAGCGGUUAUUAUUGGAGGCAUUGGUGUGUGUUGCAAGAAAUGUCUCGGUCUGUUAUCAAAACGCGACAACGACGAAGAUGAAGAACACAGGCGAAAAAUGUACAAGAAAGCUAGACAGGCUUUUGGGGCACCUGCUAUCAGACCAAUGUAUAUAGAAAAUAAAAAGACAUGAGCUAUUGAAAUUGAACUCUUUUGUUAAAAUAAUAAAUGUUCGAAAUUAAUCAUUUAUGACAUAUAUUUUCUUAACAAGGCUAUCGUUCAAAUUUAUUG